AUGGCCAGCUUCGAACGACAGUUGAAGAAAAAUGGCUAUUCUGCCAGCAUAAUCAACAACUUGGUCUUUGAGAAAACCAGAAAAUUUCCUCAAUCCAAGCAAAAAAAGCUGAAGAAGCAAGGAAAAUGGAAUAAACCCAAAGCAUCGGUAGCUUUGACAAGCGAAGAGUUAAAAAUACUGUACGAGAAGGGUUUGCUCUGGCUGGACAACACAGUAAGUGUUCUAAAUUUUAUAGGCUUUCAUUAACUUAGUUGUUGUUGAGCGAUUUUAAAUUGACUACUUGUUACAUUUUUGAUCUCCCCAAUUGUGGAAUUCGUCUACUAAAAUACAACAAAAAUCUCAGUACCUAUGAAAUAAACACAGUCAAUACGUAUCAGAAACCUCACUCGUUCGCUGCGCUCACUCGUUCUUUUUCUGAUACUACUCAAAUCGUAAAUAAAAAUCUGCGGCUAGUCCCUUGGCUAGGUCCAGUUUCGCUAAGGGAAUUAAUAUCUAGCUGCGGAUAACUGUUGAUAGUCAAGCCGUAAGAACUCCUUAAACGUUGAUGUCGUCGCUCGUGUGUUCAGGUGCAUGAUCGUAAGGUGCGGAGAGGGUGGAGAUCAUCCAAUCAGUCUGAUAAUUCAGUGUCAUGGGAAAAUUAUGUAGUGUCAUGCGCUUAAUAUGCUACUAAGGCCUUCCGACCAUUGCAGAACAUCAUUGCAACAUCUGUCCACGCAUUUUCAAGAAUAUAAUUAGCGAUGGCCAGCAUAAACAGGGAAAGCUUUUGUGGCCAGUAUUUCCCACACAAUUCAAACUAAGGCGCCAGCGCACGUAUUAUCUCCCGCUUUGUAAGAACAAUAGCUAGGUUUAAGAAAUUAAAGUUUUUAAAUGACUUCAUGUCAACAGUCUGAUAAGUCUUAUUAGAUCAUAAUUGCUCCAAAUGGUAGCUUAGAUGAUACUUUUUAAACUUGAUUUUAUUUGUUAAAUGUAUUUGCCUUCAUGAUUAUUGUACAUAUUUUUGUCUAAAAUAAUUACAUUUAUUUGUAUUUAACUCUAGCGGAAGGGAGGGAGGACUGGCACUAGUUUCUUUCUCGGUCAUGUGUUCUACGCAGCUUUUUGCCAUGUGCUUGUACCUAUCGUAGCUUCGCUGAAUACACGUUUAUUUCUCAGAAUAGAUUCUUACGGUGUGUUGUUGUCGUUGUUUACACUAUGGCGACCAGAAAGAACGGCAGGAGAACGAAACAUCAAAGGCGUUCAUACCUAUCCUUUUGUGUAUACUGCGGUUACCAGCCUCUCCCAAGAGCAGCAUUAA